CCUCCGUCGGGGAAGCAUGGGGCUGCCCAGGCUGGUCUGCGUCUUCUUAUUCGCUGCCUGCUGCUGCUGUCGCCGCGCCACGGGUGUUCCAGGAGAGGAAAAGCAGCCCACACCCACGACGGACCCGGUGGAGGUAGAAGUGGGCAACACGGCCCUUCUGAACUGUGGCCCCGCACAUUCCUCAGGCAACUUCAGCCAAGUGGAAUGGUUUUUGAUUCACAAGGAGAGGCAGAUACCCAUUUUCCGUGUGCACCAGGGCAAGGGCCAGAGUGAACCUGGGGAAUAUGAACACCGCCUCAGCCUCCACGGCCCAGGGGCUACUCUGGCACUGAGUCAAGUCACUCCCCAUGAUGAUCGGAUGUUCCUGUGUAAGAGCAAGCAGCCAUGGCCCCAGGAUCACUAUGUUCAGCUGCAAGUCUACAAGGCUCCAGAGGAGCCAACUAUCCAAGCCAACGUGCUGGGCAUCCACGUGGACAUGCAAGAGCUUAAGGAGGUUGCUACCUGUGUGGGGAGGAAUGGCUACCCCAUUCCUCAAGUCAUCUGGUACAAGAAUGGCCGGCCCUUGCAAGAGGAGGAGAACCGCGUUCAUAUCCAGUCGUCACAGACCGUGGAGUCCAGUGGCUUGUACACCUUGAAGAGUGUUCUAAGUGCACGGCUAGUCAAGGAGGACAAAGAUGCCCAGUUUUACUGUGAACUCAGCUACCGGCUGCCCAGUGGGAACCACAUGAAGGAAUCUAAGGAGGUCACUGUCCCUGUCUUAUACCCUGCAGAAAAAGUGUGGGUGGAGGUAGAACCCGUGGGGCUGCUGAAGGAAGGGGACCAUGUGAAGAUCAGGUGUCUGACUGACGGCAACCCUCAACCCCACUUCACUAUCAACAAGAAGAACCCCAGAACUGAGGAGAUGGAAGAGGAAAGCACCGAUGAAAACGGUCUCCUGUCCUUGGAGCCUGCCCAGAAGCACCACAGUGGGGUCUACCAAUGUCAGAGCCUAGACUUGGAAACUACAGUUAUGCUGUCGAGUGACCCCCUGGAGUUGCUGGUGACCUAUGUGUCUGAUGUUCAAGUGGAUCCAGCUGCCCCUGAAGUCCAGGAAGGUGAUAGCCUCACACUGACCUGUAAGGCAGAGAGUAACCAGGACCUUGAGUUUGAGUGGCUGAGAGACAAGACAGGCCAGCUUCUGGGAAAGGGGCCCAUCCUUCAGCUAAACAACGUGAAAAGGGAAGCAGGGGGAAGAUAUCUCUGCGUGGCCUCUGUCCCCAGCGUUCCUGGCUUGAAUCGCACACGGCUGGUCAGCGUGGGCAUUUUUGGGUCCCCGUGGAUGGCAGCAAAGGAGAGGAAGGUGUGGGCGCAAGAGAAUGCAAUGCUGAAUCUGUCUUGUGAGGCUUCAGGCCAUCCUCAGCCCACCAUCUCCUGGAACAUCAACGGCUCGGCAACUGAAUGGAACCCAGAUCCUCAGACAGUAGUGAGCACCUUGACUGUCCUUGUGACCCCAGAGCUUCUGGAGACAGGUGCAGAAUGUACAGCCUCCAACUCCCUGGGCUCAAACACCACCGUCAUCGUUCUGAAGCUCGUCACUUUAACCACCCUCACACCUGACUCCAGCCAGACCACUGGCCUCAGCACCCCCACAGUCAGUCCUCACAGCAGAGCCAACAGCACCUCCACAGAGAAAAAGCUGCCACAGCAGGAGAGCAAAGGUGUGGUCAUCGUGGCUGUGAUAGUGUGUACGCUGGUGCUUGCUGUACUGGGCGCUACCCUCUAUUACUUCUACAAGAAGGGCAAACUGCCUUGUGGACGCUCAGGAAAACAGGAGAUCACGCUGCCCCCGACUCGUAAGAGUGAAUUUGUAGUUGAAGUUAAGUCAGAUAAGCUCCCAGAAGAGAUGGCUCUCCUUCAGGGCAGCAACGGUGACAAGAGGGCUCCAGGAGACCAGGGAGAGAAAUACAUCGAUCUGAGGCAUUAGCCGGUUCACCAAUGUUUUGGGCUCCCUGCCCAGUUUUCACCCCAAGCUAAAGCCUCCAGAGGGACAGCGGGGAAGAUCCUUACUCAACUGCCCUGCAGACCAGGUCCAGAGAGCUGCGACAAGAGUCAUCUGGAGGAUCUCACUUGGGCUCGGAGGCCUGGUUUUAGAGACCAAGACCUCCUCUGUGUCCACUGAGUUAUGCUUAUCCCAAGGGGCCUGUCUCCCAGGGCUUUUGUUCCUCCCUUACACAGCCAGUGGUGGCAAAUCCCCCCACCCACCCACCCCCACCCCUGGCCUUAAGCUGUGUGGGCUUGCCUCUCUCUCCCCUCACAGUCUGUCUUCCUGACAGCUGUGUCACAUGAUACAGGACCGGGGCACAUGGUCACAUUAUCCUGUUCACAUUGGUUCCUUACG